AAAGUACUGAGAGUUCCCUUCAUUAACCACAUUCACACAAACCUUGUAGUAUUUUUCCGCAGGAAACACACAGGCAAAUACGAACGCAUGUCCGCGUACUGCAACAGGUUUUUACUGACUAGGCGUUGACCCAUAAGAAACACAAGCUAUUUUUUAAACAAGUGGGUGGUGUGAAGUUAUACUUCCUAUGCCUUACCACUAGAAGCUGUUUAUCUUCUAAACAGGCCUUGUUUUUUAUAAACCUAUUUUUAAACAUCAAAGAAUGUGUUCGCUUUCCUCAGAAACAUUUAAAGAUGUAAUAAUAUGACAAAGGGAAUUUGAAAACCAUAAACCAUGCAUAACAUGCAAGUCGGCAUGAGUAGGCAUGUCUAUGCAUGCAUGCAAGAACAAUUAAAGGCACAGCUCACUCAAAAAAAAGAAAAAAAAAGAAGAUAUUUACUGACACUCAUGUUGUUCCAAACCUGAAUGACUUUGUUUUACCCGUGAAAUGCACAAAAACAGACUUUAGGUAGAGUAUUAACAAACCACAGUUUCAGUCACCAUUGACUUCCAUUGCAUCUUACUCCACUCAAUGAAAGUGAAUGGAGACUGGAACUUUCAUUUCGUUUUUCCAGCUUAACGAAACUCAUACAGGUUUCGCACAACGCGAGGGCGAGUCAAUAAUGACGACGUUUUAAUUUUUGCACUAUCCCACUGAAAUACACACACGCGUGCGCGCACUCGCGCGACCCAGGUGCUUCCUGGUGCUUUAUUGCAGGAUCACAGCCUGGGGAACUGAAACGGUCAGCAGCGCGUCCAGGAAGCGUCACCGGGGAGCACUCACGCCGACACACAGAGAAAUGCAGCAGUGUCCGCGACUCUCCGUCAGGUAGCCGCGAAAAUAGAAGGUUCGCAGGCAGGGCGCGACGGUGUUCUAUUUUCCCGCCGUCGGCGCAAACUGCUGCUGACGCGAUGCUUUAGCCAUGGACAGCAGGAUAAACGAGAAUCCUGCGAGAACAUUUGAUUUGGCACUUCAGGUUGCAUGUCCAUCAUCUGAAAAUGAAGAUCCGACAGUGCUGUGGAAGUUCCCUCAGGACUUUGGAGACCAGGACGUCCUGCAGACAGUGCCUAAGUUCUGCUUCCCAUUUGACGUCGAAAGAGUGUCCCAGACUCAGGUGGGCCAGAACUUCACAUUCGUGCUCACAGACAUUGACAGCAAGCAAAGGUUUGGUUUCUGUCGGCUGACGUCCGGCUGCAGGGUCUGCAUCUGUUUGCUCAGCUAUCUCCCAUGGUUUGAGAUUUAUUAUAAGCUGCUAAAUACCCUUGCAGACUACUUGUCAAAACACCAGGAAGACGACUUGAACGACAUGUUGGAAACGCUGCACAACCACCCCGUGCCAAAGCCCAAUACGCCAGUCAAUCUGAGUGUGAGCAACCACUUACAUUUUGCCAAUGGGCAAGUAGUGCAGGAUCCAGGAAGCAGACAGUCGCAUUCAUACUUCAUAGCUCCUGAUAUUAAUGGACUCCCCACCAUACCUGAAAAUAGAAAUUUAACGGAGUACUUUGUAGCAGUGGAUGUAAACAACAUGUUGCACCUCUACGCCAGCAUGCUGCAUGAGCGACGCAUCAUCAUUACCUCAAGCAAGCUUAGCACUUUAACUGCAUGCGUGCAAGGGUCCACUGCCAUGCUGUACCCUAUGCACUGGCAGCACAUCUUCAUCCCUGUACUUCCUCCUCACCUGCUGGAUUAUUGCUGUGCGCCCAUGCCAUAUCUGGUCGGAGUUCAUCUCAGCCUUUUAGAGAGAGUAAGGAGCAGAUUCCUGGAGGAUGUGGUCAUUCUGAAUGUGGACACAAACACCUUGGAAAGCCCCACAGAUGACCUGCACAACCUGCCCAGUGACGUGGUCUCCAGUUUGAAGAGUAAGCUGAAAAAGCAGUCGACUGCUACAGGCAGUGGGGUGGCUCGGGCCUUUCUGCAUGCUCAGGCUGCGCUGUUUGGCUCCUAUCGGGACGCACUGAGAUAUAAACCUGGAGAGCCAAUCACCUUCUGCGAGAAGAGCUUCGUGGCGCACCGCUCCAGCACCAUGAGAAGUUUCCUUGAGAUGGCCGUGAACCUGCAACUCUUCAAGCAGUUCAUUGAAGGCAGACUGGCCAAAUUAAACGCAGGAAGGGGCUUUAGAGACGUCUAUGAAGAGGAGAUCACAGAGGGGGGCUUCUGUAGAAGUAAUUCGAGGUCUUAUCAGCAGUGGAUUCACACCAAGAUGCGGCAGAGGGCAAAACCAGUUGUGAAAAACUUUCAGAUGGCCAAAGAUCAUGCGAAACGGAAAAUACGCGACAUGAAGGACAAGAUAACACAAAAGGACGCUGAAGAGGAGGAAAGCCCGUACUGUGAAGGUUCUCCCACCAGCACUAAAAGCCUCUCACCCAGGAGACUUCAGAGGGGAGCGCUUCAAAAUCCAAAGUCGUCUCCACACAUGAGCCUGUGUUUACUGGACGGUUUUACCAAUGACAACAAUGACGACACGGCCAGCAGAAUAUCCUCUGAGGACAGCGGGGAAGUGGCGUCAUACAAUGAGGACAGUGAUGACUCUGAUUUAGAGUUUCAGUCUGAAGUUAGUCAGACGGGCGAGAUGAACCUGCUGGAGGAGAUUUUGGACUCUCUCAGUACGUCCCACAUCGAAGAAGGGCGACUGUCAGCCGCCAAGAGCCUGGACUUUUUCAGAUCAAUGGAAGACUUGGAUUACAAUCCCAUGAAAAAUUGCAAGUCCCCACUGGGAGGUAGUCCUGCUCAGGCCGUUAGUGAAGUUGGAAACGGAGAACAAGGCGGAUGGAAUAUGGGUCAAGACGACAGCGCCGUCCACGGUAAGCAUCUCCCGCCUUCGCCUCGGCGCCAACCCAGCUCCCGUUCCCUUCCUGUCCGUCCUCUCCUUCCGAAGGACCUCACCAAUGAAGAUGUCUCAGAGAACCCGAGGAACUCUCUUCCUGAGACACCCACAAUUCAACUCUCUGUGCCCUGCGACACUGACAAACCCGGCAGUUCCCAGCUAAGCCCAGAUAGCCAGCAACCAACAGGCCGCAGCCUGUCCCGACAGAAGGUCUUUUCCAGAAAAACCCAGAGGCCGCCCCACGAACAUGCCCAGCAGAAGGCAGCAGGCGGACAACCUUCAGUCUUCGUACCCUGGGAGAGGGAAAACCAGCCCCAGGAGACAGAUAUGGAAGCAAGAGGGAAGGAGACUCAAGAGAAAGGCUUGCUAGAGGAAAUCGAGUCCAUGUGUCGCAUCAGCAUGGCCAUAAAAAGCAACGAGGAGCUCACAUACCUCCAAAACAACACCAGCCUGGACAAAUCCUGAGAAAACGGCACAACACUCACAUUUAACCUUUCUCUUUUUCGUAUUCACGCUGUCCUCUGACGUCACACCAGCACAUUUGCAAAGGUGUUUUGUAGUUAAUGUGAAUGAUCGGUCCUCUUAUUUCUUACAUUCGGUCCGAAACGGUAUCGAAAAUUAGGUUUAAAGGGAUUUAUGUCAACAUUCGUCAUCCCGUUUAAUUUAUUUCAGCAGAUGGUUUGCACGUGCGUAGUUUCAAAUCACGGUUUCGAUAAAUCACUGUGGAUGAGGGACGGUCUCUCUGUAUAUUUUACUAAAUCGUACGAAAGUAUUUAAAUAGCGAUCAAAUCUCAAUAGAAUGCCUUAAACAGAUUUAAUUUGCUUCUACACAGUAUUUCCUGACUGUGCAACUGUAGCUGGCUAGCUUGCUAACUACUAUCACUAUUUUUUGCAUGCAACGAGUCUUAUAAAGAGAUAUUUAUCUAGGCCAGGUGGACAACUGGUUCUCAAUUUAAUAUAUUUUUGGAAAAAUUGUAUUUUUUCAAGACAAUUCUCAGGUUUAUGCUUCUAUCCAAGAUGAGAUGUUAGCAUUUUAACUUCAUCCUAGACAAAAAGUAAUCGCAAACUGUUUUUUCGCAAAGUGGGAAAAUACAGUGCAAAGAGGAAUACUUGUUACUGAUAAAUAAAUAGUCAUUUUAAACAACUUAUUAUUCUCUUAUUCUGUACGAAGGCCCAAAAUAAAUUCUACGCAAGUAUGAGAAAUCAAACGCUUCUAGCUAGCAAGCUUAAUUUCACACAAAGAUGUGAAAUUUAUUAGAGUUGGGAGAAUCUAUGUAUCGUGAAUCGAGAUAUGAUUCUACAUCGAUUCUGCAAUUUUACGAAUUCAUCACGAUUCUGUCUCGAAUCGAUUCUGAGCUUAGUUUUUAACAGCAGAUGGCGCUGCAUGCUUUAGGAAAAGCCGUACUCUGUUUGCUUCCAAUUCCUUGCACACAUUUGAAUUAAUAAAGUUCGAAAAGUUUGAAGCUGGUUAAAAUGAUCUCACGGCAAUUUGUACGUAUUUUACAAGGUGGCAAAUUCAUAGUAAUUUGUACGAAUUACCAACCCUAACCCCGCCCCUAAACCUACCCCUCACAGAAAGUGUACAAAAUCGCAUGAGUGGGGUAAUACAAAUUUUUUGUUGUGAAAAAUUGUAUUUAUUUUACGAAGCGGUAAAUUAGUAGGAAUUCGUAUGAAUGACCACCCUAAACCCUAAUUCUAAACCUACCCCUCACAGAAAACAUAUAAAAUCGUAGGAGUGAGGUCGUACCAAUUUGUAUGUUUUGUGAAAAAUCGUAUGUAUUUAACGAGGUGGCAAAUUUGUAGGAAUUCGUAUGAGUGACCACCCCUAAACUUUGCCCCUAAACCUACCCCUCACAGAAAGUGUACAAAACCGAGUAAGUUUGGUCAUACAAAUUUGUAUGUGUUGUGAAAAUUUUUUUUCAUUUUACGAAGCCGUAAAUUUGUAGGAAUUCGUAUGAAUGACCACCCUUAACCCUACUUCUAAAACCUACCUCUCACAGAAAACAUACAAAAUCGUAGGAGUUAGGUCGUACCAAUUCGUACAUUUUGUGAAAAAUCACAUGUAUUUUAUGAGGCGGCAAAUUCUUAAAAAUUCAUACAAAUGCCCACCCCUAAACCUAAACUUUGCCCCUAACCUUACCCCUCAAAAUGUACAAAAUCGCAGGAGUGAGGGCAUACAAAUCACAUUUAUUUUACCAUGCAGCUAAUUUGUAGGUAUUCGUACGAAUGACCACCCCUAAAACUACCCCCCAAAAUCAUAGGAGUGUGAAAAAAAUCGUAUGUAUAUUACGAGGUGGCAAAUGUGUAGGAAUUUGUACAAAUGACCACCCAUAACCCCGCCCUUAAACCUACCUCCCCCCCAACCCCGCCUCUAAACUUACAAAGAAAAUGUAUAAAAUUGUAGGAGUGAGGUUGUACAAAUUUGUGUGUUUUGUGAAAAAUCGUAUGUAUUUUAAAUGGUGGCAAAUUAGUUGAAAUUCGUACAAAUAACUACCCAGUACCCCUCACAGAAAACAUACAAAAUCACUCAUACGAAUUUGUAUGAAUUUGCCAACUUGUAAAACAUGUACCAAUUGGUCGUGAGAUAGCGUUGAGCGUUCACUGUUUACAUUAAUCUUGCAUCAAAAAAGCAUUCUGAGCCAAGGUGCAAUUAUGCGACUCAGACAAACAUACAAGUGCUCUUCAUCAGAAGUAUUUAAGUGUGCGGUUAAAAACUAGAUUAGAGCGCCAUCUGUUGUUAAAAACUAAGCUCAGGAUUGAUUCCAGAGAGAGUCACAAUGCAUUCAGAAAAUCUUAAAAUCGAUCCACGAAUCGCGAUGCAUCAAUUUAUUGUUGCAGCCCUAAAAUGUAUAACGUAACAGAAGUACAUGCUACGUUAGCAGCGUUGCCACAAGGGGUGCUGUAGCAGCAUUAGCGUAAACUAGUUGCAUUUUAUAAGGAGCAAACUUAGCAACCUUCAAAAAAAGUCUGUUCGUUAUAGUACGAAUGUGUGUAGUAUGAAUGAAAUCCAUACGUUCUACGUCUGCCAUUUUGUCAUGUGACUUACCACGAUUGCGUCGCUUCACUGCCAUUCGCGACUCCUCGCUUGUGGCCUCGUGGGAUAGUAAAAUAUCCAUUGAGUGCACUUCAAAAUAUUGCCAGAAGUAGUGAUUAAUCUGGGUACUUUCUGCCUAUAGUUACCACGAAUUUAGUCGUACUACUCUUUUCACAUACCAUUUUUCCCUUACUGUACAGUAGAUUCACAUGCAGGAUGUCUUCGUAUAGCCAGUUUUCUCUUUCACCUGAACUGCUUUAUUGGUGUUUUGAAGUAAACCUCGUUAAAUAAGUUACAAAGUUAAACGUUCGACUUUUAGCUAGCUAGACAUCUGAAUAACUAGCUUCCUUGAAUACUAACAUGUAAACAUUAAAACGCACAGAACUGCUUGCAGAUCGUUUUAGUUACAGAGCGAUUUGCCUUGUCCUCUGUUUCACUCAUUUCAUUCAUAUCAGCUGUGGACGUCACCUUCAAAGCUGUACUGCUACACCAGACAGGAAGUGGUCAUUAGAUCCAGCACUUGUUUCUUUAGUGGCUGAUGAAUUAUUUGGGCUGUUGCGCAGAGUGAUUUAGGACACGUGCCAUUCUGUCUGACACUUUAAUGACUCUCUUCUCCCCUCCUGCGUAAUCUGCUGUGGUAACGAUGUGGCUGUAAAAGCAUUCAAAGUUUAGGACCCCAUCUGAAAUCAAGCUAGGCUUCUUAACGUAGCGGUUUAACUCAAAGCUGGCUUGAAAUGAUAUAUGCUUCAGCCUUCGAACAAAUGAGAUAUCCUGAUGAACUAUGCAAAUUCCAAAUCAGUGUUUUCAAGCAAUUAAAUUGCCAUUUAUGUAUUUAUUUGCUAGAUAAAACCCCUAUUAAAUACAAACUAGACUUUUUAAGUCCAGUUUAGUUUUUGCACGGUACCCACAAGACAUGCAGGACAUGCUGUUGGAGUAACAAUGUCAACACUGAUGGUACAUAUAUGAGAAAUAAAUAAAUAAAAGGUCAAAUGCUUAAAUAGCUUUUCUGUGGAAGCUUGUUUCCGCCACAUGAUAGAAAAAAUGUAAGUGUGACAUUUUAUCUCUUGAAGUCAGACGUGUUUUCCUCAGUUCUGAGACAAAGUCAGAGAUGUGAACUUCCAGUUCUGCAAAGAAAAGUUAAAAUUUUAAGAAACUUGUGAGAAAGAACUGAGAGAUAAUAAUGAACAAAGUUACCUUUAUUUUAUUCAGGACAAAAUAGAUGUUAACUCGGAAUUCUGAGGGAAAGCGUAAACUGGAACUUGACCCUUCGCCCGGAGUUUGAUUGACAGGCGAUUCGACCAAUCAUAAAGCUGAAUCUGUCAUUUUGUCCGAUAAACAAACCAGACAAGAGAGUAGAUUAACGCCAGUGGGUUUGAGCUUGAAAAACGGCAUGCUGACGUUUUUCCGCAGUUGAAACAAGAUUUAUGGUGGGGGUUUUUUUCCAUCUUUGUUUUGCGCUAUAACUGGUAAAGCGGAAGAGAUGAUCAGUUGACGCACUGCUUGAACUAAGGCGCUAAAGCGAUCUGACAGGACACGUUAAAGAGCUACGAAAAGGUAUUUAUUGUUUAAAUUUCUUAUUAAAUGACAAAAUUUAAAAGCUGAUACUUUGUUUCAUAUAGGAGAUAAAAAUCGUGAUUGCGUUUUUUUUUU